AUGGAGAAUAGAUCAGUGGUGACAUCAUUCAUAUUGGUACCAUACACUGAACUGGAAGACCAUAGAUAUGUAUAUUUCACAAGUUUCCUGUUAUUGUUCAUCCUUAUGGUAUUAACAAAUGUCAUUCUUAUUGCAGUAAUUUAUGUUGAUAGACGUCUACAUGAACCCAUGUAUUUUUUUGUUUGUGAUUUAGCACUGAAUGGAAUUUAUGGCAGCAUAUCUUUAUUUCCAUCAUUACUUUCCCAUUUAGUGUCUCAUACUUAUGAAAUAUCUCUGGCUGCUUGUCUUUUACAGAUAUUUUGUAUACACACAUAUGCUUCAGUUGAAUUUACUACUUUAGCAGUGAUGGGCUAUGACCGGUUUGUAGCCAUUUGUCACCCAUUACACUAUCACCAAUUAAUGUCUCAUCGAAAAGUGGGAGCACUUAUUGCAUUGUCUUGGUUUUAUCCUUGUAUUCUUUUCGGACUCUAUUUCAUAUUAACUGUACAGCGUACAUUUUGUGACAGGUUAAUCAAAAAAGUGUAUUGUGUCAACUUUGAAUUAGUCAAACUGUCUUGUCUUGACACUUCUUUUCAGAGCAAAGUUGGCUUUGUUGUCACUAUUUUUGUAAUUGUUCCACAGCUGCUCAUGAUAUUAUUUUCCUAUGCACAAAUACUUAGAAUCUGCCUGUAUGCUUCUAAGGAAUCUCAGACCAAAGCCAUUCAAACAUGUACCCCACACAUACUGGCUGUGAUUAACAAUGCAGUGGGUAUGCUUUUUGAAAUUAUUCAGACUCGAUUCAAUAUGAGUCAUGUACCUUUUAAAGCUCGAAUAUUUAUGUCCUUUUAUGUUAUGAUAUUUCCCCCAUUGUUUAAUCCUGUCAUUUAUGGAAUUAGUAUUCAAGCCAUCAGGGUCCAGAUUGUCAAACUGUUCAGUGCAAAGAAAAAUAAAUUAACUCCACUGCAGGUGAACAGGAAGUAG